UGGCCUGAGGCCGCUACGCGUGCGCGGUGGGCGGAGCGCAGCUCUCCUACCACCUUUGCCUGCCCAAGCCUUCCCAUCCUUGCUCUGCCGGUGUGGUGCUCGUGUUUCCGCACCUCGUCGCGGAGAGUCGCUGCCGAGUGGGCGCUCGGUGUUCGGGUCGUCAUGGCUGGUUACGAAUACGUGAGCCCGGAGCAGCUGGCUGGCUUUGAUAAGUACAAGUACAGUGCUGUGGAUACCAAUCCACUCUCUCUGUAUGUCAUGCAUCCAUUUUGGAAUACUAUAGUAAAGGUAUUUCCUACUUGGCUGGCUCCAAAUCUGAUAACCUUCUCUGGCUUUCUGCUGGUUGUGUUCAAUUUCCUACUUAUGGCAUACUUUGAUCCUGACUUUUAUGCUUCAGCACCGGGUCACAAGCAUGUACCCGACUGGGUUUGGAUUGUGGUGGGAAUCCUCAACUUCAUAGCCUACACUCUAGAUGGUGUGGAUGGAAAGCAGGCCCGGAGAACCAAUUCCAGCACCCCUUUAGGGGAGCUUUUUGACCAUGGCCUUGAUAGUUGGUCAUGUGUUUACUUUGUUGUGACUGUGUAUUCCAUCUUUGGACGAGGACCAUCUGGUGUCAGUGUUUUUGUUCUUUAUCUCCUACUAUGGGUAGUUUUGUUUUCUUUUAUCCUGUCCCACUGGGAAAAGUAUAAUACAGGGAUUCUUUUCCUGCCGUGGGGAUAUGACAUUAGCCAGGUGACUAUAUCUUUUGUCUACAUAGUGACUGCGAUUGUGGGAGUUGAGGCCUGGUAUGAACCUUUCCUGUUUAAUUUCUUAUAUAGAGACCUAUUCACUGCAAUGAUUAUUGGCUGUGCAUUAUGUGUGACUCUUCCGAUGAGUUUAUUGAACUUUUUCAGAAGCUAUAAAAAUAACACCUUGAAACACAAUUCAGUCUAUGAAGCUAUGGUUCCCUUUUUUUCUCCAUGUUUGCUCUUCAUUUUGUCUACAGCAUGGAUCCUUCAGUCACCUUCAGAUAUUUUAGAGAUACAUCCUAGACUGUUCUACUUUAUGGUUGGAACAGCCUUUGCCAACAUCACAUGUCAGCUGAUUGUUUGUCAAAUGAGCAGUACUCGGUGCCCAACUUUGAAUUGGUUGCUGGUUCCUCUUUUCUUGGUUGUCCUGGUGGUAAACUUAGGAGUAGCCUCUUACGUUGAGAGCGUUCUCCUGUAUACCUUAACAGCUGUUUUCACUCUGGCCCACAUCCAUUAUGGAGUACGAGUGGUAAAGCAGCUGAGCAACCAUUUUCAGAUUUAUCCCUUCUCAUUGAGGAAACCAAACUCGGAUUGACUAGGAACGGAAGAAAAGAGUAUUGGCCUGUAAUCUACAGAAGGAAGUACUGUAAAUAAGAUGCUUGUAAAUAUUUCAUCCAUCACCAUUGAACUAAACUGAUCUGCUUAACAGACACGGGAACUCAGUGUGUAUAGUACUUGGACAAAUGAUCUGAAUUUACGAAAUUUUGGACCUACUAAUUCCCAACUUACUUUUUAUAAAACUGUGUGGCAUUUUGGUUAGGCAUAAUGUACUUUAGACCAGCAAAAUGUUUCUAGUGAUGUUAGCUUCAUGAGUCCAUGAUGUUUUGGUUCGUACAGAGUUAAAGAUGCUUUGUUGUUAUUUUUAGAGCCCCCAGAUUGGUUUAGGAACACUGAUAACAUUAAGAAAACCACAAGAUGUUUUCAUAUUUGAUACUGUUUCAGUGGUAGGUCUUUCGCUAUGGAAGUUAUCAAUAGCCCAAAUCUAAUACGGGGAAAAGAUAAGAGGAAGUUACUGUUAGCCGGAGAUGCCAAAUGAUUACAGAACAAUAUACAGUUGCCAAAUACUCAUUUCUCCUUCCCAUGGAAAUGCCUUUUGUCCUCAUGUGCUAAGAGAGCUAAUAUAUAUAUUUAGAUUCUCUA